CGAGCCUGAAUCCGUCCGCGGUAAUAUCCACCCGCUGGUGUGGAUGUUACUGGUGUCUCUAUCAGCUUUACACUGACAAGCCUCGAAAGAGCUUUUUACUUUCACACUCCGUCGACACUGGUAAAUUAAAAUAAAUAAAGAAGCUGUAAGCUUCGGUGGGUGUGUGAUAAGCUGCACAGCCUGUGACUGAUCAGAUCGCUCUCCUCCACGGGCUUCUGAUUGCGGAAUAACUGAUCACUCAGGAUCAUCAUGCAGAAACGGAGGAAGCCAGAACCGAUCCAGCUCAACCCGAUUCCGGAUGGGAAUGCCGUUAACGGAACCGGUGCCACAGAGACAAACCUAGAGGCCCUGCAAAAGAAGCUGGAGGAGCUGGAGCUGGAUGAGCAGCAGAGGAAGCGUCUGGAGGCCUUCCUAACGCAAAAGCAGAAGGUAGGAGAGCUGAAGGAUGAUGAUUUUGAGAAGAUUUGCGAGUUGGGAGCAGGCAAUGGCGGUGUGGUCUUUAAGGUCUCUCACAGACCAUCUGGACUUAUCAUGGCCAGGAAGCUGAUCCACCUGGAGAUCAAACCAGCCAUCAGGAACCAAAUCAUCCGAGAGCUUCAGGUGCUACAUGAGUGUAAUUCACCCUACAUUGUGGGAUUUUACGGGGCUUUCUACAGUGACGGAGAGAUCAGCAUCUGUAUGGAGCACAUGGAUGGUGGCUCUUUGGACCAGUCACUGAAGAAAGCGGGCAAGAUUCCAGAGCAAAUAUUGGGCAAAGUUAGCAUCGCGGUGAUAAAAGGGCUGUCUUAUUUAAGAGAGAAGCACAAGAUCAUGCACAGAGAUGUGAAGCCUUCUAACAUCCUGGUGAACUCACGUGGAGAGAUCAAGCUGUGUGACUUUGGCGUGAGCGGACAGCUUAUCGACUCCAUGGCCAACUCAUUUGUGGGCACGAGGUCCUACAUGUCUCCGGAGCGUCUGCAGGGCACACACUACUCUGUGCAGUCUGAUAUCUGGAGCAUGGGGCUUUCGUUGGUGGAGAUGGCCAUUGGUCGCUUCCCCAUCCCACCACCUGAUGCUAAGGAAUUGGAGCAAAUUUUUGGCCUUCCCAUGGAGGGUGACCCCUCAUCCAAUGAAGCCUCCCCUAAACCCAGGCCCCCUGGACGGCCCAGCAGCUCAUAUGGACCUGACAGCAGACCUCCGAUGGCCAUCUUUGAGCUGCUUGACUACAUUGUCAAUGAGCCACCGCCUAAGCUGCCAAGCAUCUUUGGCACGGAAUUUCAAGAUUUCGUUAACAAAUGUUUAAUAAAAAAUCCAGCAGAGAGGGCAGAUCUGAAGCAACUGAUGGUCCAUCCCUUCAUUAAGACAUCAGAAGCAGAAGAAGUGGACUUUGCUGGGUGGCUCUGCAGCACCAUCGGUUUAAAUCAGCCAGGAACCCCGACUCACAGUGUGGGGAUAUAAAAGGGAAUUACUUUACCUAAUAUCUCUCUCACACACACACACCAGUGUUUUUAUUUGGGCUCCCAUUCAAUAGCAGUAUGUUGAGUAGUGAGUCACUGCCUCUUGUUGCCCUUUUUAUUUUUUUUGUUCUAAGUAUUGAACUGAGGUUAUUGAAUCAUAUCAAGACACACACUCUGGAUUAGAUGGCAAGGUUUACUUUUUUUGGGGAGGUGGCACUGAAAGUGCUAAGAAUCCCCCCCCCCCCCCAAUGUAAUAUCAUUACAAAUGAUCCUGCUGAAUUGCAGACUAGGUCAUAUCACAGACUAUUUAAAAGUAUAAACAAAACUGCCCUUUUUAUAUAAAUGUUUAUUGCUUGAUGGCACUAUAAUUCUCCAUUGAGUGGGAAUAUGCAUAUUUUUAUAAAGUAAAACUCUAUUGCAUCACAGCCAAAGCAUUGUUCCAGGGUAUAAGAAUUUACUAAUGCUUUAAGUUAUUUUAAAUUAAUUGUUGUGGUGCAAAACCGAGGCUUCUUUUACACGAUUAGGUGAAUAUGAACACUUCAGUUAGCUUUUAAUUGAUUUACUUAAGCUUCUUGUCAAAGUAUACGCAAAUAAUUUGUUAAAAUGGGUCAGUAUAAAAUUGGAAUGUCAAAUAAUAGUUAUCAAUGUUGUUUCUGCAGUUAUACUUUUGCUGCAUCAGAUGGAAAAAGAUAAGACUACUUGAAGUAGUUGUGGCCAAAUUUACUGGUAGCCAGCCUUUUUAAAACCAGGUUCUAGAAUUAACUAUGUACUGUUCAGACAAGCCUUAAAAGCCUUAUUAAAAUAACCAAAGCAAAUUUUUUUUGUGGCCAGUUAUCCUCCGCUCCUUAACCCUUUAAGCCACUGAGCAUCAAAAAUGCUUUGAAAGGGUUAACUUCUCUUGAAAAGGAUAUAGAAUGAUACUUGGGCCAAAUAUGCAGAAAAUCAUAGCUACUCAAAAAGCUAACAAAAUCUUACUUGGAUAAUUAGACAACUUUUGGUUAUCCUGGGGUAUUUUCACUGGCUGUUAUUCUGAUUGAGACCAAGACAGAUCCCACUUAUGUAAAGUUAUAAGAAACACAGUAACAGCAAGCAGUGCUUCAUGUUUAUAGUGAAGUGUCUGUCUUUACCAUGGAUUUUCAUUCAGGCUGAUGUUGAAACAUAACAGGCUUGUUUCUCCAGGUUUGCCUUUUUGUAAUAACCUAGUCCCCAGUAAAAUAAACAUGGUAGUGGUGGAAGAAUAAGGGAUGCUUGCAAUUUGCAUUUUAAUGUACAUUGAGGAGUCCUUUCCAUCAUCAUAAUCCAUGGAUAUACAUUAAAGUACCACUAAUGGACAUUUAUCUUCAGCGGUCAUGGUCACAGUGGACUCUAGAUAACAUUGAGCAUUAUAAAAUACUAAAUGACUUAAUUUAACAGCUUAAAUUACAUUUUUUUGGCAAUAGUUAAAGUUUACAACUGGUAUUAAUGCUCUCCACUCCUCCUGCAGCUCAGUCACAGGCAAGAUUAAUGGUUGCUGUUAAACUUGGUCACAACUGUAGUCUUCAUGCCUAUUCUUAAGAGCUAUUAAAUGUACUUGAUUAGACGUUAAGGCUUUUCUUCUAUGUAAUACUUGGCUCAGACUUCUUCCUUUGACUCAUUUCCAGUGUAUUCUUUGUGUAGAACUACAGUUUUGUCAGCUGAGGAAACUUCUGUAAAUGUAAGUUAUAAUAAACUGAUCUGACUGAAGACAGAAUAA